GAAUUAUAUCUUACCUGGGGCCCAACAGGGGUAUUGGAACGUGAGUCACUCCCAUGUUUCUGACUGUUCCGACAGACAGGUACUAAUACUUAACAUGUGCUGUUGAAGUCACUUAGGAUGUCUGUAGAAGUGGCUAUCAAGAAUGGCGCCCAGACGAUUGGGGAGGGACCACACUGGGACGUUGGGACAGGGACCCUCUUGUACGUCGACAUCAUGGAAGGGGACGUUCACCGGUGGAGUCCCUCAACUGGUGUUCAUGAGAAAGUUCACCUAGAAAGCCCAGUGACCCUGAUAGUGCCAAAUAAGAAUGGAGGCUAUAUCAUUGCUCAGAACAGAAGUAUAUGUCACCUAGACUGGGAUACAGCAAAACUUACAACCAUACAUACUGUGGAGGAGGGAACAAGUAACAGGUUCAACGAUGGGAAAUGUGACAGGAAUGGAAGACUUUGGGCAGGAACAAUGGGCGUUGAGUUGAAAGACAGUGUGGAGAUAGAGUGUGGGACCUUGUACAGUGUAGACAGUUCAGGGGUCAAGGGUCACCAAGACAAGGUCACCAUUUCCAACGGCAUAGCCUGGUCGGGGGACAACCAGACAAUGUAUUUCAUUGACUCCCCGCUGAAGCAGAUCUUCGCCUUUGAUUAUGAUGCAGAAACUGGAAAUAUCAGUAACAGAAGAGUUGCUGUACAUGUAGCCUACGGCUGUCCAGACGGUAUGACGAUUGACACGGAGGAUAAGUUAUGGGUUGCCUGUUUUUCAGCUGGACGAGUUGUAAGAUAUGACCCUGAGACAGGUAAAGAGCUAAGAGUGGUUGAGAUCCCAAGCAAGCGGAUGACAUCUUGUUGUUUUGGGGGAGAUAACUUAGAGGAUCUCUAUGUGACCUCAUGUGCCAAACAUGUAUCUGUGGAGAGCCUCACUUUGGAGGAGGUGCUCAAACAGGAACCACUGGCUGGAUCUGUAUUCAGAGUAACAGGACUUGGGGUCAGAGGUCACGCAGCUAAUAAAUUUGGUGCUGUGGUCACCUGAUUCAGAUCUGACGGGAUAGUUCACCAGGGUCAAAGUUCACUUGGGCUUUUACCUCUGAGUUUACUGUUAAGAUGUAAAUCUCAGGAAAUAUAAAUAUUAAAGUACAUGUAACAAUCAGUAGUGAUUUGUUUAUACGAGGUAA